ACAAAGAGAAACGAACAAAGAUGGCGGCGCCCAUUAAGUGCGAGGAAUCUUUUCUUAGUGCUUACACUUCUUCUAUCUGGCGACCUAGAGGUAAAUCCCGGACCAAGACACAUCUCAAACCCUUGUGAAAUAUGCACCAAGGGAGUAAGGGCCAACCAAAAAGGCAUACAAUGCGACAAAUGCGAUUUCUGGUUCCAUUGUCGUUGCAUUGGAAUGGACCCCACAGUGUACAAGAACUAUCAAGACGACGAGGCGCUUGAAUUCGUAUGCCCGGUAUGUGCACCACCGGGGCAAAAUGAAGAACCAGAGGAUACGGCAAAUUACUUAGAUGAACUUGUUCAGCUUCGUAAGAAAUUUCCGAAAAACAUUAUCGUAGCACAUUUGAACAUUAACAGCAUGAAAACAAAAUAUGUCAUGGCGACAGACAUACUAUAUCAAAAACUAGUAGACAUCUUUAUAAUCGGUGAAUCAAAAUUGGAUGAUUCUUU